AUGCGUGGAGAAAAGAAAGUGAGGAAAGUGAGUGAGAGGGAAGUGGUUGAAAGAAGAGAGGAGUGGGCACAGGGCGAAAGAGCGUGCACACACAGUGAGAGAGAGGAGAAAGUGGUCCUGGGCGAUACCAGACCCCCGUCAGUGUCAGAGGAUGCGGAGGGGGGUACAGAAGUACAAAAAGCAAAUGAUGAAGACGAAGGAAAGGCAAACGACCAGCGUUCACAAUCCGUGGUCCAGGGCAAGUUGCAGUCCGAAAGACAGGCGAUCAACAGUGGACCUCUGGGUCGGUCUGAAGCUGGAAGCCCGGUCACUGAGCCAAAUGCAGCAUGCAAAACGAAAAUGCGUAAUGCAAGCGGGGACUCAAUGCAGACGCGGACGCAAAAUAUGAGACGGACCAAGGAACGUGGGAACGGCCAUGCAAAGGGAAGAAUACAGCUAGUGUGUAGAGGAGAGAGGGUCGUCCGUUUUGUUGAUAAUAAUGGACAGUUUUGCGGACUGUUGGACGAGGAUGUGCAGUAG